AUGAUGAGGGACGGAACUGCACAUAACGGCGCUACCUCCGAGGAGGUGGAUGCCUUGGUUCGUAGCCGGAAGAAGGUUAGAACAGGUGAUGGUACUUUGUCAAAUGAUCAAUCGCUGGUCCCUAGAUUGGAAGAUUGGAUGAGUGAUGAUGCGGAAGAUGUGAGCCAGAAGGUGGUGUCACCUACGAAGUCCUACCAGGAAGCUUGUUCGAAUCAAAACACAACCACCAUGAAUGAAGAUGAUGAGGGAGAGUGGUGGCAUGGUGAUGGCUGGAAAACAAAGCUUAGAGUCGAGAUCACGGAAAAAGGGCCUAAUGUUAUUGUCCUUCCAGAGUUUCAGAGGAAACUGGCUAAGAAGUGGGAGACGUCGCUCUUUGUCCGCUUGUUGGGGCGAAUGGUGCGUGAAGAUUACUUGGGUGAUAAACUGCAAAAGAUGUGGGGUCGUCAUGGUGAGGUCGAAACGCUGGAGAUUGGAUCUGGAUACUUCCUGAGGGCAGACUUUGAUCCGGAUGCCGACAAAGUUUCAAAAAUCGCUGCUUGGGUAAGGAUUCCUAAGUUUCCUGUUGAUUAUUAUGACCAAGGAAUCCUCUAUGUUGUAGGUAAUCAGAUUGGAAGAGUGUUAAAAGUUGAUCGAAAUACGCUUCGCCAAGCCAAAGGUCGCUUUGCUCGAUUGUGUGUCGAGUUAGAUUUGAAUACACCUCUCUUGCCAUCGAUCCUGAUUAAUGGAAAGGAAAAGAAGAUUGUGUAUGAGGGCCUGCAUUUUAUAUGCUUCACGUGUGGAAAGUAUGGUCAUGAUUCUGAGCAUUGCCUCAACCGUAAAAUGUCCAACGUUGAGGUGCAUUCACAACCAGCUGCUAGUAAUCCAGAGGUUAGCAAGGCUGCAGUGGUUGACAAAGAACCUUCUAGUAGCACCUCAUUGCAAACCUACGGUGAGUGGAUGGUGGCUCCACGGCGGCGUAGGCCUCAACGAGCACAGGCGGGGAAUGCGUAUAAUCCUGGGCGUAAUGGUCGGCGUGAUGGUGGGGUUGGUGUCGUGAAUGCAGGAUCGAGAUUCAUGGCUUUGAAUGAUCUUGAUUCUGAGGAGAUGGCCGUUGAAAAUAAUCAGUUAGUAUCGCGGGAAUCUCUUAAUGACGUUGGCACUAUAACUACCGUUAUCUCUAAGGACCUGAAAUCACGGGAUCUUAAUGUUGGGAAAAAGAAGCAAGUAGUUGCAAGCAGUGGGUCUAAAAACGAUGGUGUGGGUCGAAGUGCAAGUGUGGACCGAAGUGCUAUAGUUGCAAGCCUAAUGGAGGCAUAUUUAAAGGUUAAAAAUAAAUUGGCAAAACAAGGCCCUACACAAGUAAGCUCGGCAAGCAAGAUAGUGGUGCCAAAAAGUUCCACUCAUGUUGAUAAAAUAAUUAAUAAUGGACUUCCUCAUUUGACUCAUAGUGGGCCGUUAGAUGCUGGGGUCAAUUAUGUGGAUAGGGGUUUAGUCCCAAUUGAUCCGAAUAUUACAAAUGGUGCAUCUAUUCCUUUAGAUUCGGGUUCAGGUGGACGUACGUCUUUUGUCUUGCAUUCUAAUCCUUUGAUGGAAGAUAAUGAUGUGGUUAUGCGUGUUGAAGGUGAAGUCUCGCUUGGGACUUAUAAUCAGUAG